AUGGCAUCCAAGAAGGAUUCCAAAUCCACAAUCCCCAUUCAGCCCGUGCCAGAGAAGCGUGGCUAUGAAUUCGCUGGGCCAAUAGGAGCUUUCGGAAUCACCUUCGGCCUGCCUGUCCUUAUUUAUGGCUUCACCUUUUUCUGUAACGAUGUUUCCGGUUGCCCCGCGCCGUCGCUGCUUCACCCUUCGACCUUAUCUACCGAGACACUGAAGGCGGAGAUUGGUUGGCCUGAAGGAGGAAUCGCGGCCUUUUACGACACCCAGGUCACCCUGUGGGUGUUGAGUUACUACGCCCUCAGUCUUGUGCUGCAGGUAUUCCUUCCUGGCCACGAGGUUGAAGGUACCGAAUUGGCAUGUGGAGGGAAGCUCAAGUAUAAAUUCAACUCAUUCCUUUCGGCCGUUUUGAUUCUUUCCGGGCUCGCAGUCGGCACAUACAUGUACGGUGCGGAUUUGGUGGUGUGGACUUUUCUUUGGGACAACUACUUGCAGGUCAUCACAGCCAACCUGGUGAUUUGCACUGCUAUCGCUGCCUUUGUCUACGUGAAGAGUUUCUCCGUCCCCGCCCCUGGUCAGCGCAACCCGGAACUUCGACAGCUGGCGCCUGGUGGUCACACUGGCAAUGUCUUGUACGAUUUCUUCAUCGGCCGAGAGCUUAAUCCCCGGGUCAAGCUUCCUAUUCCGUUCGUCAGCGACACCGCGCGGACAAUCGACAUCAAAGUCUGGUGUGAAAUGCGACCUGGUUUGCUCGGAUGGAUUAUCUUGAAUUUGUCGAACAUCGCCCGUCAGUACAGAACGUUCGGUUAUAUCACCGAUUCAGUCGUCCUCGUCACCGUGUUCCAGGCAUUCUAUGUUUUGGAUGGCCUGUACAUGGAACCCGCCCUCCUGACCACGAUGGAUGUGAUUAUGGAUGGGUUCGGUUUCAUGCUUUCCUUUGGCGACAUGGUUUGGGUUCCGUUCAUCUACAACUUCCAGUCCCGAUACCUCGCCAUGUUCCCGCUCGAGCUUGGUGUGUCCGGCCUCGCUCUUGUCCUGGGUGUGACUGCUGUUGGCUAUUCGAUCUUCCGCGGCGCCAACAACCAGAAGAACCGUUUCCGCAGCAAUCCAAACGACCCUCGCAUCAAGCACAUCAAGUUCAUCCAGACCGCCAGUGGAUCCAGACUGAUGACCUCCGGCUGGUGGGGUUACGCCCGUCACAUCAAUUACUUGGGUGACUGGGUCAUGUCGUGGGCAUACUGCCUACCAACGGGUAUGGCGGGCUUUGCUAUUAUCCAGAGCAUCGACCCAUCCACCGGUGAUGUGGUAAAGCAAGCCGUACAGACCCCAGAGGCUCGUGGCUGGGGAAACAUCUUUACUUAUUUCUUCAUGCUGUACUUUGGGGUCCUGCUCAUUCACCGUGAGAGACGUGACGAGGAGAAGUGCAAGAGAAAGUACGGUGCCGAUUGGGACCGUUACACUUCCCUGGUCCGCAGCCGGAUCGUCCCAGGCAUUUACUAA